CCCUAAAAUCAUCGGAGGCAUCCCACGAUCGAUCUCCCUCUCUCCCUACCACCAAUCCCUAACCCUAAACCUACGAGAAGAUCUCUUUCCUUCUCCAAUGGCGGCCAACCACAGCUCCGACCAUGAAUCCGAUCAAAGUACGCGCCUUUACAACCCUUACCAGAACUACGAGCUCCCUGUCAAAGCACAGUACCUCUACAAGCUUCCUACUUCGCCGGAAUUUCUCUUCACUGAGGAGUCUCUCCGUCAGCGACGAUCCUGGGGUGAGAAUCUCACGUUCUACACCGGUACGGCUUACCUCGGUGGCUCCAUCGCCGGCGCUUCCACCGGAUUCUACUCUGCCGUCAGGAACUUCGAGUCUGGCGACACGACAAAGCUGAAAAUUAACAGGAUUUUGAACUCCUCGGGUCAAUCAGGUCGCGCAUGGGGCAACCGUUUAGGGGUUAUUGGGUUGAUGUACGCGGGGAUCGAGAGCGGCGCCGUGGCGGCGACAGAUAGGGACGACGUGUGGACGAGCGUUGUGGCGGGUCUCGGGACCGGAGCGGUUUACAGGGCGGCGCGUGGGAUGAGGUCUGCGGCGGUGGCCGGUGCUCUCGGCGGAUUAGCAGCGGGGGCUGUGGUGGCGGGGAAGCAAGCCUUGAAGCGGUAUGUGCCCAUAUGAAGAACGGUGGCGGAGGUUGCUAAAGUGAGCCCAAUUGAGAGACUUGCUGUUGUUGGAAAAUUUUGUUAGGGAGAUGGAGAAUUUGUAGGGCAUCUGUCUGGCUCGGAAGGGAAUCAUAAAAAUGAUAGCUUGUGGUUUCUAGGGGUAUAGCUUCUGAUGUCAUAAAGCUCAGCGUGUUUGAUGAAUUUCUUGGGAUCCUUUAUAUUUAUACUGAAAAGGUUUUAUCCGGUCAGUAUUUGAUC